UGAUUCACGCAGUCCACUUCCGGUGAAACUCUCAACGGGUGAGCACGUUGCAUCGUGUUAGUCCGGGGAAAAUUCGAGUAUUUCGCAAGAAAGAAAGGAUUUUCAGCCGUACUUUGACGAUUCGACGCAGCCACACAGCGAGAUUUUCGCUUGUAGUCAAGUGAAAAGAAAGUCCACUGGACUAUAAACGAAAAUUAACUGGCAAUAUAGCCUUAGUUGCUGUGCCAUCAAUUCGGCGUCAUCUCAAGUGAGGUGACGCCAACCAGAAAGGAAGAAGAAGAAGAAGAAGAUUCACGCAGUCAUUCACGCUCGUUCAAUGUUACUCUAAAUUUUAAUUUAUCGCUUCAAAGCUAAAAUGUAUCUUUUAUCCGAGCAAAGACAAUAAAUUCCAAAAAUGAUUUCUCUUUCACGAAUUAAAACAGCAUUUUUCCAUAUUCGCCUUGGGUGCAGGAAAACUCAAACUAUCGUUCGGCAUUUGAGUAUAUCCGUCCGGUUGCACUCAGAUAGCGUCGACUACGAUCAGAUCUUAGUGUCCCGAAUUCGUAAUUUCAGCAUAAUUGCCCACGUAGAUCAUGGCAAGAGUACUCUGGCUGAUCGGUUAUUGGAGUUGACUGGUUGUAUAUCAGCGAGAGCGGGAAACAAGCAGGUUUUGGAUAGUCUUCAGGUCGAAAAGGAACGAGGUAUCACGGUGAAAGCACAAACGGCAUCGCUCUUGUAUAAACACGACGGUGAGAGUUACCUUUUGAAUCUGAUCGACACUCCGGGUCAUGUGGAUUUCUCAAAUGAAGUUUCGCGAUCACUUUCGGCCUGUGACGGUGUCAUUCUUCUCGUUGAUGCGAACGAAGGUGUACAAGCGCAAACGGUUGCCAAUUUCCAUUUGGCCAAAUCGAAGCAACUGGUGAUAGUCCCGGUGUUGAAUAAAAUAGAUUUGAAAAAUGCCAGGCCUGAGGCUGUGGCACAAGAAUUGUUCACACUGUUUGAAAUUGACCCGGAAGAGAUAUUGAGGAUUUCCGCUAAACUUGGUACGGGAUGUGAGGCAGUUUUGCAAGCUAUAGUCAAGAGACUUCCAGCGCCGGAUGCCAGGAGAGAUGCAAAUUUACGGGCGUUGAUUUUCGAUAGUUGGUUUGACCGAUAUCGAGGUGCAUUGAAUUUAGUUUACGUAAAAGAUGGGAGUGUUUGCAUAGGACAAGAAAUUGCUUCCUGCCAUACUGGUAAAGCAUAUGAAGUGAGAAGUUUAGCUCUGCUACGGCCUGGUGAGGAGCAAGUUGGUCGAUUGGUUGCCGGUCAAGUUGGCUUGCUGGGAUGCAACAUGAGAACCAGUAAGGAGUCUAACAUUGGCGACACACUCUUUUUAAAGAAAGACAAAACAUGUGAGGCUUUGCCAGGAUUCAAACCACAGCAACCAAUGGUGUUUGCUGGAGUUUAUCCUUCUGACCAAUCGCAGCAUCCUUAUCUUAAAGGUGCCAUUGAAAAACUGAUGCUUAACGAUUCGGCUGUGACCGUAACUCCUGAUUCUAGUCCUGCUCUAGGUCAAGGCUGGCGAUUGGGAUUUCUUGGGUUACUGCAUUUGGAUGUAUUCAGUCAGAGGCUUCAGCAGGAGUACGAUGCCGAACCAAUUCUGACCGCUCCUUCCGUUACAUACAAGAUUAAAUUGAAAGGUGCCAAAAUAAUCGCCGCACAUGGAGGAAACGAAAUAAUUCAUGUCAGCAACCCUGCUUUGUUUCCGGAGAAGUCACUAGUUGAGGAGUACUAUGAACCGUUUGUGCUAGGAACGAUUAUUGCGCCCACGGACUGCACCGGACCCAUCAUUGGAUUGUGCGUGGAACGACGGGCCAUCCAAAAGACGUCCAUCAACAUUGACAACGAUCGUGUUAUGACCACCUAUCUGAUGCCGUUGAAUGAGAUUGUUCUGGAUUUUCAUGACCAGCUCAAGUCAAUCAGCUCCGGUUAUGCCAGUUUCGACUACGAAGACCAUGGUUACGUUGCUAGCGCUUUGGUACGGAUGGAUGUUCUACUGAACGGACAGUUGGUGGAAGAACUGUGCUCCGUCGUUCACAUCAGCAAGGCACAUCUGCAUGCCAGAGAGCUGGUGUUGAAACUGAAAGAAAUGAUCCCUAGACAAAUGGUGCAAAUCGCUAUACAAGCAGUCGUUAACGGGAAGGUUGUAGCCCGCGAAACACUGAAAGCCUACCGGAAGGAUGUGACGGCGAAACUGUACGGUGGUGAUGUAACUCGUAGAAUGAAGUUGCUUAAGCAGCAAUCGGAUGGCAAAAAGAAGAUGCGUUCCAUAGCGAAUAUAAACGUUCCGAAGGACACGUUCAUCAACGUGCUAAAGCGAUAGUCUUACCUACGACGUUUUACGUUAGAUUAUCUGUAAAUAUACAGUGGCAAAAUCGGA